CAAAAUCCAGGUCCAGUCACACUGUCUGAACCUUUUCAUCUCUAUCCUAACUGUAAAGUUCUAAGAAAUCAUCCGAAAAUUUAGCAACCCAGAAAAUCAUGGACAACAAUCCUCGUAACUGGAACCAAACUGCACUUCUCGUCAUAGACAUGCAGAAAGAUUUUGUAGUACAAGAAGGUGCUAUGAGAGUUGAUGGUGGUUUAGCUAUCGUCCCUAAUGUUAUUGAAGCUGUUGAGGUUGCUAGGCGCCGUGGCAUUCUCGUAAUUUGGGUUGUGCGUGAGCAUGAUCCUAUGGGACGAGAUGUUGAAUUGUUUCGCAGACACUUGUACUCUGAAGGGAAGGCGAAACCAACUUCUAAGGGUAGUGUGGGCUCUGAAUUGGUUGAUGGGCUUGUAAUUAAGGACACUGAUUACAAGUUGGUAAAGACGCGAUUCAGUGCGUUCUUUUGUACACACCUUCAUUCGCUUCUUCAGGGUGCUGGAAUCAGUAGUUUAGUUGUCACUGGUGUGCAAACUCCAAACUGCAUCAGACAGACCGUCUUUGAUGCAGUAGCACUUGAUUAUCCAUCUGUAAGUGUCAUUGUUGAUGCAACGGCAGCUGCCACGUCUGAAGUACAUGCUGCUAAUAUAUCCGACAUGAAGAAUGUUGGAGUUGCAACACCAACGCUACAAGAGUGGUCCAAAUCCGAUGAUUGAACAUCACAACUCUGAUCAAUUAAGUUCCUUCUUGCUUUUGACCAUUGGUUUCAGAAGGGAUUGCAUGACCAUCCGAGCAUCGAGUAUGUUUAAUCAUGACUCAGUGAAUGUGUUGCAGAAUUUAUCAGGUUAUGUUACCGUGUAUUCUGCUAUACUGUUAUCAAUGUAGAUGCAGAUAAUGUAAAUACAUCUCUUUUUCAUGUUUGGGAAAUUUAAAUUUUGUAUCGUAACCAGAAACUAUUCGAAAAUUUCUGUAAAACUAUUCGGAAAAUUCUGUAAAUCUAGAUUUGUGACAAGAACCUGGAUUAAUAAUGCUAUGGUCCCACAGAAUCGAGGAGUUGGGGUCAUAUUUUCUUUUGCA